ACAGGCUAAGGAACAUUUGGAAAUAUGCCUCGCACCAAGAUAGUAGCACGUAGGCAGGCUCAGCGCCAGAAGGCUGAUCGCGAUGAGAAAUUGCGUCUGGCCCAAAUUAAGAUGGACUCCGCACUGAACCAGAUCGAUGAGCUGGGCAAGCGCUGCAAGCAGGAGGUGGACAACCAAAUCAAGCUGAUCCGCGGGAGGACUGACAAGCAGCUGCUACAGAUGAAGUUGUCUGACUUCGCGGCUCUAAAGAUUAAGAAUUUCGCUGAUCAUCAGUGGGCUGCUCCCAAGCCACCAACAACUCGCAGUCUCUCCACCACCUACCAACGCGGUCGGAAUCGGACUCCCCAGAAUCCGCAGUUGCCGCGGCCCCAGGCUCAAUCGGUGGAUAGGGCACUUCGCGGCGACACCAUGAGCUUUGUGCGAUGGCCCAGGGUCGGGGAGCAGGUGCUCUCGAAGGCCGGAAGUCCGCUGGCCGUUCAGAUGCCACCAGAUCGCUGUGUUGACGUGCACAUUCCCACCAAGAAGGGCGUGAUCACCGUAAGACCGCACAAGAUCAACGAAGUAAAGCGGGAUGUUCUAAUGCAGCUGGACGAGAACACCCUCAACCAGGUGAAAGUGCUUAAGUCCAAUCUGGGAUUGAUCGUGGAUAUGGCCGCCAAGAUGGGAAGACUAAACCCCUAGGAACGAACCGAAAGACCUUCAUGAUUAUUACGCUUAUUUCGUUAAUAUUUUAUUUAGUCUUUUUCAUUUUCUCAUUUUCAAUGUUUUUGUUCAGUUGUUAAACAUUAAGUGAACGUGUCUGUUGUUCUUGUUGCUGUUUGCUGCAGUUUGC